GUUGUUUGUUUUAAUUCCUACCUUCGCUUUUAUAUUUCUGACGUUUAUUAUUUGUUGCUGCGAUAUGUUUAUUUUUGCAUUUUUCCUUUUUAAGCUAUUAGCUCUACCAUAAAUAAAUAAACAAAGAUUAGUUAAACAUACACGCCCAUACACUGGUAUACGUGCACAUUUUGUUGGGGAAAACUAGAUGCUUAUAAUAAUUUACUCGAAUGUGAGGUCGUUUCGUCGCACCAUAAAAAUAAGAUAAAAUGAUUAAUGUCCAGUUUACACGCUGACGCAUGGCGAUAAGUUUUAAUCAACUUAAUUAAUUAAUACACAUAUAUAUAUAUAUAUAUGCAUGUAUGUUCGAUACAUGUACAAAUUGGUAUAGAAAUUAUGGAGAAUAUUACUUCAAUUUUGGAUUUGAUGAGAUUGACACGCCAACAGUGCAUGCGGAAAAGUAAUUUACCUGAAUGCAUAGAAACGGAUGCCGAUGGCGCAGACGCAGAUGGCGUUGAUGCUGGAACACAUGCGUGGAAGGAAAAAACCGUGUCUUUCAGGGAUAUAGCAGCAACUGUAAUUUCUAUAUUAAUGCGAGUCAUCACAGUGCUUCUCAAUAUUAAAUUGGCUGUGGAAUAUCAUCAACAAGGAGAGCAUAGCUAUUUCGUUUGGACAGUGGUUUGCAUGAUAGUACCGAUGUGUGUUACUGCUUUAAUAUACGCACAGAUGUGUCAUGAGGAUAACAAAUUUAAUGGCGACUUCUGGGAAGUGUUGCAAACAACUAUGCUAGUUUUAUUCUCCUCACUUUUUCUAAGGUAUUACAAAUUAACUACCAAAGAGGAAAGCGAUGUUGCGUUGAUUCGUUUAUUUGAAUGCUUCAUGGAAACAGCUCCACAGAAAAUACUCCUAAUGUCUAUAAUAUUAACACAGAGUAAUCAAAUAACAGAUACACAAGUAUGGAGUGUGCUGCUCUAUUUAGCGAAUGUACCCUGGACAUUGGGCACUUACAAUCGCUGCAUACGUGCCGCCCAAACAAUCAAAAAUAAAUUAAGUUAUUGGCUAAUGGCACCUCAUCUAUGUUGGCAUUUUUGUAUAUCAGUUUCCCGUACACUUUGCAUCACAUUUAUAGCAGUUUUAUUUCCAAUCUGGACGAUAGUUGCUUGCGUUCAACACGCCGUAAUAACGGGAUUUGUCACUUACAUCUUGGAACGUCCGCAAUUUUGCGGCAUCAAUGCUUUUCAUAAUUUUCUCUUUUGCAUAGCAUUAGGAUUUAUUUACAUAUUUAUUUACAUUCCAGUUAAGGAGGCGCCCACAAGGUAUAAGUAUGCGCUAUACUAUGCAAUUUGCUCAGUGGAGAACAUCAUAUGCGUUGUAUUGUUCAUAUAUUAUGCACCGAAAAGACUUUCGCAAUCUAAAGCGCUUUUCUACACGCUUUGUACAUUAGCUAUUGGAUUUUAUUAUGUAGGCAUUUGCUGUAUGUGCAUUUACUAUAUACAUUUUCACCCGAAUGUGAAAGCUAGAAAGAAUAUGAAUAUUGAUAGUUGAAGUAAAUAUUCUAAGUGGAGUUUGGGAAUUACGUUUAGUGGCAUCAUAAGUUUGUUUCUGGCGACAGAACUUGCACUGACUACAAUGUGUAGAUAAUAUAGUAUCUAAUAAGUACAACAUAUGUAUGUAUGUAUUAUAUAUAUUUUUGAAUUGCCAUUAUUAAAAAAGAUCUUAUAAA